CAUGACAUUCAUGGUACUUGGAAAUGGUGCUUCUUGACACGAAUUUUACGGGGACGGAUUCCGUGAAACAAACAUUAUUGUCAGCAUUAUUUCAUGCUUUUGUUGUCGGAUCUUCGUGCAUUUAGCUGGCCUACCCUACGUCGCACGAGUAAAAGGUACCGUCACCAUGGCACAGUGGGACAAACUGUGUAACUUUCUACAGUGUCAGGAAAACAGCGAAGCACUAUACAGUCAGCUGAACUCAUUCUAUGACAGUCAAGGAUUCAGUGCCACUCUGCGAGAAGAUUUUGCACUUUGGAUUGAAAAACAGCAAUGGGAUUCUCCUGAAAUUGCCUAUUCACCCAAUGACAUUCUUCAGAGCUUUCUGGACGAAAUCAAUAGAUUCAUUCCUGGAAAACAUGUGCCAUUCGUGAAGAAACAGGAGUAUCGGAAAUUUCUCAAAUCAUUAGAGAAUGCUUAUGGUUCAGAUCCUGGCAAGUUUAUAGAAGUCAUGAAGAGGUGCCUGAAGACUGAGGAUGACAUCCUAAAAACAAAUUCAUUGGUAGAGGAACAGCCGAUGCGCCUUAGCCCCGACGUCUACUUGCGCCAGAGAAUUAAGGCGAUCAAUGAUAAUACAAAAGAGGUGGACUGGGCGAUUAAUAACCUGGACAUACUCAGACUGAGCGUAACUUCUAACUCAAACAAAAAGCGAGAGUACGAGAAAACGCUCGUGUCAAUGCGGAGCGAUUCUGAGCAGAAGCGUGAGGUAGCAACAACAAUUGAUCAACUGCGAAAGAACAUUGAAAAAGAAACGGUUGAUUUGACACAGAAAUAUGCAGACAUUCAGCAGAAGGAGAAGCUGAUGAUCCAAGAUGUUGGGGACAUUGCCACGGAAAUGAUCGAUGAGCAUCUGAAUCGUUGGAAAGUCUUCCAGAAGUACCCGCCUCUGAAAGAUGCACCAAACGCUAUGAAGACGAUUUCGCUCGACAGCUUUGUCAACUUGUUUGGUGAGAUAUUUGAGCUCCUGAUCCUAAUGAAGCAGCAGUUGAAUCGCUACUACCAGCAGGCUGAAUACUCUUUCACAUGUAGCCUUAACAUCAUGAAUUCGGAGGAAGAGAAACAGCAGUUUAUCUCGUGUAUUCAAGAAUUCAUCAAUGAAAUUAAUGGAAUCAUCAAGAAACUGUUCAACAAUUGUAUUGUGAUCGAAGAACAGCCUCCACAGAUCAUCAAGGUCGAGACCAAGUCUGGGAAAAGUCGUGAGCUGCGAAUUCUGCUAAGAUGUCUCCUAAGCAGCACUUACCUCCACUUCGGUGAGGUGAUCACAGAGUUUAGGAACGAGCAGGAGCUGAAUCCGUUCUUGACAUCUACAAAUAAGAAAGCUACAAGGGCGACUAUCAAUGGCGGUGUUGGAAAAUUCACAACCGCUAACAGAAUGCAUAGUCUGCUCUUCGAAAAGUUGCGCGUGGAGAACUUUCGGCGGACCGGAAAUGACGAGAUUGUGACUGAACAGAAAUACGGAUUACGUUUCUGCGUUGAUAUCAAGCUGAGUCAGAUGACUGUCCCAAUUAAGAUCAUAUCGUUACCUAUCAUUGUGUGCUGCCACACAUCACAAGAGUGCAGCGCCCAGGCCUCGAUUCUCUGGUACAAUGCUUUCUCAACCAUGGAUGCCAAGCCAUUUGAGGUUGAGCGCAGUGUCCCGUGGGAUCAGUUCAAGCAGAUCUUGGACUUGGAGCUGCAGUCGAAGAUGUCCCACGAGGGCAGGCACGGACGAGGAUUCUCUGAGGAAAACUUUGACUGUAUCCGAGAGAUGUUGGGAGUAGAUCCAAACGAUGACUCAGCUUCUGUUUCAUGGGAAAAGUUUAACAAGGACCUGCUUCCUCCAAAGAAUAAGUUCUCAUUCUGGAAAUGGUUCCUGGCGACGAUCAACCUCAUCAAUCAUCAUUUCCGCAAUGUUUGGAAUGAUGGAUUGGUCCAUGGCUACCUGAGUAAGGAACAGGCAGCGGACAUGUUGACCAACUGUCAGCCCGGGACCUUUGCACUGAGGUUCAGCUCAUCUUACAUCGACGCGAGGUCCAUCCCGUCCGCUGGGUUGUCUGUGGUCCUCGUGGUGAAGAAGGAGGACGGAAUUGGUAACGAUAUCAUCAACUGUCAGCCGUUCACGAGCCAGAAGCACUUUAGCCAUUUUAAGGAGGAGAACUUUGGCACGAUGCUACACGGGUUUCUGGUCAAUGAUGAGCACUCUCUCCGCUUCCUUUAUCCUGAUAAACCUAUCGAGCAGGAAUUCGCAAAGUAUUACCAGCCUGAAGAUGAAGACUAUAACGGCGAUGAGUACAACCCUAUCCAGAUCUCGUUCAAGGCGAAAGGCAACCAGAGGAAUGUGAUGAUGCGCAAUACACACCGCCUUAACUCUGCAAGCGACGCAGGCUCAGUGUGCAGUCCUGCCCCUAGUCAGCAGAGCAACCACAUGGAGUUCGAUUCAAACGGGCCUCUUAGCCCACCGUUUUACCCCCUGAGUCCUCAGUCCACUGUCGGUGACGUUGGCAUGAACCAGAUGGGCCGGAUCAUGGGCCAAAAAGGCAAUCCCACAGAGGAAGUGACCCAGUUGUUACAGCGAUUGAACAGCCAACCUCUUGGCCAUUUAUCGGUCGGGAACAACCAGAACAAUUCCGCAAACAACUUCUCCACGUUCGAUCAUCAAUGGGCUGUCCCAGAAUCUGUUGGGGAGAUAACCGUGGAGACCAGACUCAAUGAAAAUACUGGUGGUGGUACAUCGUCCUUGAAUUACGAGGAACUAUUCAGUUCACUCAUCAACAAUGGGUCCAACUAAUGAUUUGCACUGUGGAACAUUUCCGGUGAUGUCAUUUUCGGCCGUCAACCAGCUGUAAAACCACUCUUGUGCAUGUUGGUCAGCUAAGCUGUGAUGAAAGCCAAGUAAUUAUCAAAUGUUACGAUUAAAAAAUGAAAUCCUUGCAUUUGUUUGAGGCUGGUAGAAUACAUGUGUUUGGCUGUUGGGGCAAAAAUGAUUUAAAAUAUUGGAAAAAUCCCAAUGGGGCCAUUGUUUGAUUUGUCUUGAAGUCUUUUAUUUACUUCUCUGAAAGUAUUUUGCAUUCACGGGUUAGAAUUAAAACGUUUUUUAGUUUUCUGGAUUGUCGGAAAAUUUUAAAUCUUUUGGAAAAAAUCACUUGCAACCUUUUCACGGUGUUCAAACAACUAGGGCUAUACUGCCUGGAAGUUAAUUUAAUCAAAAUUGUUUAAAUUCAUGUGCUGUGGCAGCAUAUUUGGAGGUGUCCUGAUAAAAGAGGUCAGGUUAAUAGACAUGAUUGACAGGAACCAAUUUGUUUCCAUAUUAGUAUCAGAGAUUUUAUCCUGCUUGUGGAGUAAGGCGUCCACUGAAUUUUCAACUCUGCCUUAAUGUGUUUUGAGAUGCUGUUAAAAGUUGCACCAUCUGUGGAAUUCAGGCGAACUGAAUUCCAUUGGAUUUGGCAAGAUUGGAUUCUGUAAGCAGUAAGGGUCUAAAAUAUUAGCAGUUUGUGCGUAAUGUAAACAAAGCUUAGAGAGAUGAGGAUGUGACUGGUGUGCCAUUGGCGCGCAACUCUUGUGUACAUUGCAUGUAGCUGAGGCGAAGUAGGAAGGAUUUCAAUUGUGACUUAGACUGUAAAUAAGAAAUGAUCAUAAUCAUGUCGAUCUAUUAUACAUAAAAACUUAAGUUCAAUAUCUUGAUCAUGUCAGAUCAAUGAUACUUUUUUGUUGAUGAAAUAGUUUGAUUAUAUGUAUGUGCUGGAUACACUGUGCCAUAACCAAGUUAUAUUUUUUAAGUUGAAUGAUUUUGUUUUUGUUUGUAGAUCUUCUUGAAGGCCCAGUCUGUGGGCAUGUUUGUAUGUACUGUAUUGACCACUCUGGUUAGUUGGUCACAUGUCCUAUGUACAGCAAAUGGUUAACAUAGCGCAGUGACUUAAACUGGGACAGGCAUAUGAUUUUGGUGAAUUUGUAAAAUGACUGGGCCUUUGAAGGACAAGUUGUAUAAAGAUAUACAGUGCCUACCUUUAAUUAGUCAAGAGAAAAUGAAAUGUAAAAGUGUUAUUCGAGUGUCAAUGCAAUAUUUUGAGUUCUUUGUAGUGAACUUCUAUGUGCUGGUUGUAUAAUUAAUAAGCUUUUGUUAUUGGCAAAAAUAAAUUGGUAGUCCACCCUCAAUUACUGAAGUUCUUCAACUGAAGUUGACAUAACCAGUGGUGUUUCCAAGGUUAUUCCAGUGGACCUCCAGUAGGAUUUCAAAAAUGUUCUAUGUUGUUAACCCAGUGGUAGGCAGUACUGAUGCAUGUGUGAAAGCCACUACCACUCAACAUAACAAGUGUUAUUUCCAAGGUUAUUCCAGUGGACCUCCAGUGGGAUUUCAAAAAUGUUCUAUGUUGUUAACCCAGUGGUAGGCAGUACUGAUGCAUCUGUGAAAGCCACUACCACUCAGCAUAACCAGUGGUGUUUCCAAGGUUAUUCCAGUGGACCUCCAGUGGGAUUUCAAAAAUGUUCUAUGUUGUUAACCCAGUGGUAGGCAGUGCUGAUGCAUCUGUGAAAGCCACUACCACUCAACAUAACCAGUGGUGUUUCCAAAUUUCCAGUGAACCUCUAGUGGGAUUUUAAAUGGGUUCUCAAGAGAUAUGAUUAUGUUUUUGUAGUGUUCUCUGAGGUAUGUGUUGUAAAUUUGCAUUGUUCCAAGUAGGAGUUGGGUUUUUUUUUCUGGGAGAGAUUUAUUUCAGUUAUAAUAAAGAGUACAUUAUAUU